AUGCUACUACUAUUUCUGUUGUUAUUUUUGCACUAUGAUUUGUUAUUUUGUCAGCAGUUUGACGCAGCAGAAAUAUUUUUACCAUUUGAUAAAACUCUGACGAAAGACCACCAACCUCUGGAAGACAGAGCUAAACCGAAGUAUGUACAAAGAUACGGCCGAACGACUUUAGAUCCAGUCGUGUCAUCAGUUAGAGACGAAAUACUCGAUGACUAUCGCGUAUAUAUGGCCACGUUAAGUACGAAUGUAAAGAAAGGACAGGCUGUCGAUGACAUAGCAAACGGACCCAAUAUACUCAGAGAACGAGACAGUAAUAAAGCAAACGACAACACAGCGACAUCCCAAGAGACUUCAAUCAAAGACUCAGAUUCAGAACCUGACAAGAAUGAGAAACUGAUAAGAGAACUGAAAGAGAGUAUGAACAUAAAAGAUAUAGAUGUAACUAUUUUACCUGAUAAACUAGUGACGUCUGAUCGAGAUGACAGUAAAACGGAUGAAAGUAAAAAUGAAGAGGAAAGAGAUGUAACAGAAGAUAGCUCAACAGACGACCAUGAAGAAGAUAAUGAAACUGCUGAAGUACGUGAAGAAACUACUCCAAGUAAGGAUAAAACAAAUGAAUCCAGUGAUGAUAGUGAUAAAACUCUUAUAAUGGACGGGAUGGACGAUACGCAACUGGAUAAAAUUGGUGAUAUACUAAAUAUGGAGAGACAAAAGACAAAAAAACAACAGUCAACUGAGACAGAAGAUGAAUAUGUUACAACAACGAAACCAAGAAGAAAAAAAAGGAAGACAAAAACUACAGCACCUAUAAAAUUCAAUUAUGAUUUAGUUAAAAAAUCAACAGCCCAUGUAAAUAAAUUUACUCAUUCAGCGUUAAGAAAACACAAAUCAUCAACGCAUAGAAAAUUGAAUGUCAAGAGAAUAACAAAGAAUCGAAUCACAGUAAGCGGAAAAUAUAUGACAAAGCAUAAAAGGCUACACGCUAACAAACUUAUAAAGAUAUCAACGAAUGUACGAGAAGUAGAACCUACAACACAUAUAAUUGAUGAAGAAGCGGAAACAAGCUCUGGAACUACAUCAGUACAAGUGAAUAUAAAACGUAUGCCACAAACUACAACCACGAUGCUGCCAUACUUCAAAAUGAUUGUUGAUCUGGAUGAAGGGUACAUGGUGGUGUUCCUCAUCGAGCUGAUGAGGAUCAUGGCGUCUAAAGACAAGGAUGAUCUAUUUGAAGUUCUCGUUCAUACUGAACAGAUCGUGCUGCAACUUCAUGAAAAUGAAAAAAUUGACUGGUUCGGUCAGCCUCUCUUAGAUAUUACAAUGAAUCUGGCGAAAUUCAUGACUGAAUCUGAAACGGGAAUAAUACAAAAAUACGCUUCGAAAUUGAAUAAAAAGAUAAGUGCACGUCACCAAGAGUUAUCUUCUGAAGUCAACACCAUCAUAGACUAUGCUGAUAUGUUGUAUGAUGAUGAAGAAGGCACGAAGCUCUUCAAUGUGCUCAAAGAUUUUGAUGACUAUCCUAACACUACACGACCAGGCUAUACAGUAUGUUUAGCAUUAAUAGAGAGCUUCCUAAAGCCGUAUCAUAGGCUUAGUAAUACAGUUCUACGUCAACGAUUGUUAGACUCUAUUAACUUUGAGCUAAAAGCUAUAAUACCUCAACCAGACCUGUGGAAGAGCAACUGAACAAACCCCGUCAGUACAAUCAGACAGCGACACCACAGUCUCAUUCACAAGGAAAAAACAAAAGAACUUGACACAUAAACUACAAAAGCUGAAGUCGAAACCGAAACAUCCGACUAUCAAACGAAAACACACAAAUGUCCAGCCAAAUUACAACAAUGAAAAUGUUUAUAGACGUAGAUUAAGUUAUACACCUGAAACUCAGUACAAUUAUCCAUUGUUAAGAAAUAUGAAGCCGAUCACAAGUAUACAGAGACGGUACAAAAUUGUUACUCCGACACAUCGACACAUGUUAAGGCACAGGUCUACACGUAGUUAUAUAGUAAACCUAAUCAGUAGACCCACCAAGGAGUUCACAACUAAACUAAAUAUAG